AUGGGCCUCAUCAAAGGUGGCCUCUUGCGCCUGGUAGCCACGACAUUGUACUUUUUGGCCUUCAUCUGCUCCGUCUAUAUCAUGGCCGCGACAGCUUGGUUCCUCGCCCGCUUCCACAACGACUACAACGACUUCAACGACAACUUCAACGGAGGUGGCCGCAACAACGGUGGCUUCGGCGGCUUCGGCGGCGACUUUGAAGAUUACUUCCCAGCACACAAACGCAACUACGCCAUCAUUGGGAUGUCGGCCAUUGCAACGCUAUACACGUCUAUCGCGAUGCUGCUCACUUGCUGCCUUGCGGGGAUCGGGUUCUUUGCCAUCCUGGCGUUCCUGUUCGAUAUUUUGUUCGUGGUGGUUAUGAUUGCCAUUGCGAUCUUGACACGCUCGGCGAGACAUGGUUGUGGCGACUUCGACCGUUUCCGCAGUAAUCCCUUUGGUGCGGGGAUUAACGGGGUUGGUGCUGGGCUUUUUAGAAGGAGCAGUACGUGCCGAAUCUAUGUGGGGACUUUCGCACUGGCCAUUAUUGGAGUCUUUGUGUUCUUCAUGGCUGCCGCUGUGGCUUUGCUUUUGUUCAGAGGUGAUAGGAGGGAAAGGGUCGUGGUUGUGGAGAAAGAGCCGAGACGGAGCCCGUUUAAGAGGAGGAGGAGGACGAGUAGGGAGGUGGAGAGGACGAGUGUGGAGAGUGCAAGGGAGGUUUGA